AACAACACCUUAUCUAUGUUCGGCUUCAAAAGAAAGAAAAGAAAGCAGAAAACAGAGGAAGAAAGAAAAAAAUGGCAUCAUUGGCUCAGCAAUUCACAGGCCUAAGAUGCACAGCCUUAUCAAAUUGUCGCGUCACCAAAAAAGCAUCUUCUCUGCUAUCUUCUUCCAGGCCCAGAAAAUCACGGUUUGUAGUUUCAGCAGUUGCAAUCUCAAAUGCCCAGACAAAAGAAAGAGAAAAGCUUAAACAGCUAUUCGAGGAUGCUUAUGAACGAUGUCGUACUGCCCCAAUGGAGGGUGUUGCUUUUACUGCUGAAGACUUUCACUCUGCUCUUGAAAAGUAUGACUUCAAUUCUGAGAUUGGUACCACGGUCAAGGGCACAGUUUUUAUGACUGAUGCCAAUGGGGCAGUUGUCGACAUUACUGCAAAAUCUUCUGCAUAUUUGCCGGUCCAAGAAGCAUGCAUUCACAAGAUAAAACAUGUGGAAGAAGCUGGUAUAGUACCUGGAUUGACUCAGGAGUUUGUAAUUAUUGGUGAAAACGAAGCUGAUGAUAGCUUGAUCUUGAGCUUACGGGCAAUCCAGUAUGAUCUUUCCUGGGAAAGGUGCAGGCAGCUUCAAGCUGAGGAUGUUAUUGUGAAGGGUAAGGUUGUUGGGGCAAACAAAGGUGGAGUGGUUGCUAUAGUGGAGGGUGGCCUUCGAGGGUUUGUCCCAUUCUCUCAAAUAUCAUCGAAAUCAACGGCAGAAGAACUUCUUGAAAAGGAACUUCCUUUGAAGUUUGUUGAUGUUGAUGAGGAACAGUCCAGGCUUGUACUCAGUAAUCGGAAGGCCAUGGCAGACAGUCAGGCACAGCUAGGUAUUGGAUCAGUGGUUAUUGGAACUGUUCAGAGCCUAAAACCAUAUGGUGCCUUCAUUGAUAUCGGUGGAAUCAAUGGCCUCCUUCAUGUCAGCCAGAUUAGUCAUGACCGUGUAUCUGAUAUUGCAACAGUACUUCAACCUGGUGAUACCCUCAAGGUCAUGAUACUGAGCCAUGACCGUGAGAGAGGUAGAGUAAGUCUUUCAACUAAAAAGUUAGAACCUACUCCUGGAGAUAUGAUUCGCAAUCCAAAGCUUGUUUUCGAGAAGGCUGAAGAGAUGGCUCAGACAUUCAGGCAGAGAAUUGCUCAAGCAGAAGCUAUGGCUCGUGCUGACAUGCUUAGAUUCCAGCCUGAGAGUGGACUAUCUCUCAGCUCUGACGGGAUAUUAGGUCCCGUGACUUCAGACAUGCCAGCAGAGGGUUUAGAUUUGAGUGACGUUCCCUCAGCAGAAGACUGAUGAUUGAUUCACGAAUACGUUUCUUUUGAGUCUUCGAUUUUGUUCAGAAGCAAAGUAAUAUUGUUGUACAAAUCAGCCCGAGCUAGAAAGUUACAUUUGUCUUCCGAUGGAUUGUAGUGUGACUUGUGUACAUCUGAAAGCAUUAAUUCAGUGAAGCACCCAUGGACUUCUGAAGCAUCAAUUCAGUGAAACAUUGAUUUCAGCA